CUCUCUACUCUCUCUUCCGGCCAUAGAGGUUACGUUUCCCCUUCGGCGUUCGCUCUCUGUUGAUUCAUCCUCGCCGUGGUCAGCCUUAUUAUUUGCUCUCGGAAUUCCGGUCUGGCUUGGCUCCAGCUCUGACGUUCACUUUCCCUCAAUUGAGUGUGCUGCGUGGCCUGGUGACCGCCUACCUUGCCACCAAAAAUUUCGCACUCUAAAAAGAACAGUGUAGCCUGAUGGGCACGGUCCUAUCGGUCAGGACCACAUUGUAAUACUUUCUCACUCUCUCCACUGUACUGCGGAUUGACAUCUACAUCCGAUCUUCCCAUCGCCUGCUCCGACUUUGAUCCUCGUGUACCUCAAUUGUGGUGACUCCGACCGUCGCCGCCAGUGCCGACCCGGUCAUCCCCUUUCUCCGUCGGUGUCGCGAAAUUCCCGAGGCCUCCUCCUUGGUCAUACCCUCGCGCGUGUGGCUCGCAAUCCAGAAACCAAGACACCAUGUCGACAUCGAUACACCUGUCGCGGUUCCGGAAAUGGCUGUUGUCCUCUCCGCCAAUGGAGUUCGUCAUUGCGCAACUCCGAGAGUUGUUGGUCGGGGCAAUCAAGCAGGGUCCAGUUCCACAGCAUAUCGCGUUUGUCAUGGACGGGAACCGGAGAUUUGCACGAUCACAUGGUAUCGAGACCGUGGAGGGACACAAUAUGGGCUUCGAGGCUCUGGCAAGAAUUCUCGAAGUGUGCUACAAAAGCGGCGUCAAGGUGGUUACAAUAUACGCUUUCAGUAUCGAGAACUUCAAGCGGUCGAAGUUUGAGGUCGAUGCUCUGAUGGAGAUGGCUAGGGUCAAGCUUUCGCAGAUGGCGCAACACGGGGAGAUUCUGGAUCGGUACGGGGCCAAAGUGCGGGUGCUGGGUCGAUUGGACAUGCUGAAGCCCGACGUCCUGGCUGCCGUCAACCGGGCGGUUGAUAUGACGAGCGGGAACGGCGAGCGCAUCCUCAACAUUUGCUUUCCGUACACAUCGCGCGAUGAGAUCACGGGGGCCAUCCGGGACACUGUAUCGGCAUACAGCCAGCCUCUUCCGGCAAACCGUCCUUCGAACGCGUGCCAGCGAACGCCCUUCUCCGAGACGCACAUUACGCAGAACAUUCGAGCCCAGGCACAGCACACGAAGGCCGACGAUCUCCCGAGUGACGUCGAGACUGCCUCGGAGUCGUCCGGCGACGACGGUACGCAAAGAAAUAAUCGGCCCAAUCAGGUCUACGAGUCUGGGUCGUCUUUCUCAUCUUCCUCCACGCUGCAUCUCGGCGGGCAAACGGAUGGAGCCAGCGGCAGGGAAAACUCACCUAGGAAGGAGAAAGCCGUGUACAUGUCCCCCGAGACAAUCACCCGCCAGACACUAACGGAACACCUGUUCACGGGGGAUAAUCCGCCCUUGGAUCUCCUAGUCCGCACGUCCGGGGUCGAGCGUCUCAGCGACUUCAUGCUCUGGCAAUGCCACGAGGAGACGGAGAUUGUCUUCCUGGACGUGCUCUGGCCCGAGUUCGACCUCUGGCAUUUCCUGCCGGUGUUGCUGGGGUGGCAGCGACGGAUCUCCAAGGCGAAGAAGAACCCCGACGCAGAGGGGGACUUCGACGGGGCGAGCUCCGAGGCAGCUGCAGAGAGCAAUGGCAAGAUCAAGGGGCUGUAGUCGGGGAACCGGCAGGUCUGCACAUAUAUCAUGGCACACCCAGGCGUUUGGAGUUGCAAUUUUGCGGCAGCACUUGGAACUCAUAUUCCCCUGUUUUUUUUCAUUUUUUUUUUGCUUUUUCGUGUUUACUCAUUUAUAGCGCAGUGAUAGAAAAGUGAACCAUGGGCGUGUAUAUACUCAUGCAUGCAUGGACGCAUACAUGCAUGCAUACAUACAAUGAUACACAGAUACACCAAGUUGGGA